AUGGAAGACGUCUUUCGCCCUGCUUCUGAUAUUGUUGACGAGGUACUUCGGGAGCAAGUAAGUUCUACCAUUCCUCUUUCAUGUUUACCGGCUCCAUUAAAUAUUGCUAGGCAGGGAAAUAGUAAACGGAAGGCAAAUCGACCACGAGAACCGCAAGAUCUCGAUUUCGAAAUUAGCGAUGCCCACAUUCCUGAAACCUUUUUGCAACGGGACAUUACUGUCGGAGAAAGACGGCAUUUGAUAUUUGCCACAGAUGAUCAACUUAAGUUACUAUCUAAAGCGAAGCAGUGGUAUGCCGAUGCUACUUUCAAAAUAGUACGCAAACCAUUUACACAACUGUUUAUCAUCCAUGCAUUUGUGAAACAUGAUGGGCAGUUGAAGCAAGUUCCCCUUUUGUUUGCGCUUAUGUCAGGAAAAAGGCGCAGAGACUACAAAAAAGUUCUUUGUGAAAUAAGAGAGCUGACAGGAGAGCAUGCCCUUAAAGUUGAAGAUGUUUUGAUUGACUUUGAAGGCAGUGUAUGGCGUGCUAUUCCCGACAUUUUACUAAAUGUUACGAUCCGUGGUUGUGCUUUCCACUGGGGCCAGGCUGUGGGGAGGAAAGUGCAGGAAUUCGGCCUUCAAAGUUUUUUUUUUUUUUUUCAAUGUACAACUUUUACGCCAUAUAUCCUUCUAGCAUCUUAG